AUGAUGCCAUGCGUAAGAGCGGUUCCCCCUGCAAAGGUGGGGGUGAGAGAAUUGCUGAGUGCAGGAGAUCGUGCAUCUCAUCAGAUAAACAUUGUGUCAUCGUCUGAUAAAUGGGAGCCACUCCGCAUCAACGUGUCAUCACUGGAUCUGGACGAUGAGAAGAAGUACUGCAGGGGGCAUCUCGAUGAACAUAAGAGUUAUUUUAAGGGUUCUAAGCUUUCUUGCCGUGAGGAUAAGAAGAAUACACUUCUCAAUGAGAUUCUUCCUGCAGCAAUCAAUUUACACAGCGAUCUUCUUCUCGUUAAGCAGUUGGAAACUCCCUUCAAGGUGCCGGAUUUUGGCAAAACUCUUUGCUCUCACUUCACAGUUCCAACUACUCACAUCAGUGAGGGUGUUAAAGACGCAUAUAUGGUGCUGUACGUUGCCGCUGGACCCUCAAAUACGCCUUUUAUUGAUAACUACAACACAAGUGGAAAUGAAUGUCUCUCUUGUGGUGAGAGGAAAAACAUUCCUACUGAAAGAGAAUUAAUAGGAGGUGUACACAAAAGCCAUGUGCAUAGGAUUAUUGCUAUUCUACUCCUGACAUGGAUGAGCAAAAGGAAAAAACAAAUUAUCAUCAAGUGGAAGCCGUGGAAAAGUCAAAUGCUUAUACAAGCAACUACCUCAUUGAUGUACUUGGAAUUGCAAUAA